AUGUCCAAAAAUGACUCUCAAAACCAAUGGAGAUACCUUUUAAUUGCUUCAACAGUUUCUCUUGCACAGGGUUUGUGUCUUUCUUAUAAAUAUAUGAAAGCAAAACAAGGGAGUUUUCCAGCUAAUUCAGUUCUUUUUGCAUUGAAGGCUUUAGGAAUUGGCACUCUUAUUUGCUUUGGAACUUUUGGUUUAGGAGUAGCUACUAUUUCUAAGGUAUUAAAAGUUAAAAAUAUUGAGGAAUUUUCAUAUGUUAUGAAAGAUUAUGCAAAAAAAUAUUUCUCUUCAUUAAAACUUAGUUCAGAAAAAGCGGAUUAUGAAGAUAUAGACGAGAAACUAUUAUCUAAAAAAUUCUCUUAA